AUGGACGACGCGUUCAAGGAGGAGAUAGAAAUGGGGAGCUCUGUGGAGUCGUUAAUGGAGCUGCUGGAAUCGCAGAAGAAGCUUUUCCACAGCCAGAUCGAUCAGCUCCAAGAUGUCGUCGUUACGCAAUGCAAACUCACAGGCGUUAACCCCCUCGCGCAAGAAAUGGCUGCUGGUGCUUUGUCCAUUAAAAUUGGAAAGCGGCCAAGAGACUUGCUGAAUCCAAAGGCUGUUAAGCAUCUGCAAGCAGUUUUCGCAGUUAAAGAUGCUAUUAGUAAGAAGGAAUGUCGAGAGUUAAGCGCUCUACUUGGCAUCACAGUCGCCCAGGUUCGAGACUUUUUUUUUACUCAAAGGGCAAGAGUAAAGAAACAGGUGAAGCUUGCAACUGCAAGGGAGAAGGUAGUCAUGUCCAGUUCACUUGCUUUACAAGGUGAAGGUGCUCCGGAAAAUACCAAUGGUGCUCCCGUUCCCCUGAACUCUAUUGUUCCAGAAGGAUCAUCUAUAAGUUGGGCUGAGGGUGAAACAGUGGCACUUAUGCCACAGGAGGAUAUUCCACCUGGCAUCAGUGAUUCAGACAAAUACUUUGUUGAGAAUAUAUUUUCUCGCUUGCAUAAAGCAGAAACAUUUUUAGGCCAGGUGAAAUUAUUGGAGUGGAUCAUGCAGAUACAAGAUCCUUCUGUGCUCAUCUGGUUUUUAUCGAAAGGAGGGGUGUUGAUUCUUACAACAUGGUUGAGUCAAGCUGCUGGUGAAGAGCAAACAAGUGUCUUACUUCUUAUAUUGAAGGUUCUUUGUCAUUUACCUCUCCACAAAGCAUCUCCUGAAAAUAUGUCAGCCAUAUUGCAAAGCGUCAAUGGACUUCGUUUCUAUAGGAAAUCAGACAUAUCAAACAGGGCAAAAGGUUUGUUAUCAAGAUGGACCAAGUUAUUUGCAAAAAUUCAAGCUAUGAAGAAGCAAAACCGUAACAGUUCACAAAUUGAUUCGCAGAGUCAACUGCUUCUGAAACAAAGUAUUGCUGAAAUCAUGGGUGAUAGUACAAAUCCUGAAGAUAUACUCAGUCUCUCAAACGGAAGGUCAGAGAAUGUCAGGAGGUUAAGAUCGUCACAGGGUCCAAAACUUUUGCUUUCUUCGGCAGAUGAGUCGACCAAGAAACACAUGCUUGGCUCAACUCCGUCAUAUAACAAAGAACGCAGGAAAAUUCAAAUGGUGGAGCAACCAGGCCAAAAAGCUGCUGGAAAAAGUCCUCAGACAGUAAGAAUAGGAACUUCAAGUGGAAGCCGCCCUAUGUCUGCUGAUGAUAUUCAGAAAGCGAAGAUGCGUGCUCUUUAUAUGCAGAGCAAGAAUAGUAAAAAGGAUCCUUUACCAAGUGCAAUUGGUGAUUCGAGAACCAUUAUUCCUGAGAAUCCCUUGGCUCUUCAGUCAGCCAAGGAUUCUCCACCUACACAGAGAAAUGAUGAAGCUAAGACUGAAGACACACCUGAACCUUCUUCUGUUCAGCCUGUCAUUUCUCCGGCUGUAAAUGUCCCUGUACAAGCUGAUGAAAAUAGAAAACCUGUGACACCUCCUAAACCUGUGACACCUCCUAAACCUGUGACACCUCCUAAACCUGCGACACCUCCUAAAAGUAUUUCUACUAAGGUGGGAGUUUUGUUGAAAAUGAGUCCACAAAGUAUCCUAAAGAAUUGCAAGAGAACACAGAUUGAUUGGAAUGUACCACCAGGAAUGGAACUUGACGAGGCCUGGAGAGUAGCUGCCGGUGGUAAUAGCAAGGAAGCUGAUGCUCAGAGAAACAGAAAUCGGCGAGAGAGGGAAACAACAUAUCAGUCUCUUCAAACAAUACCGCUGAACCCUAAGGAACCAUGGGACAGGGAAAUGGACUAUGAUGACAGUUUGACUCCUGAGAUUUCGUCUGAACAGCCACCAGAAGAAGUCAUAACAGAACCACAAGAUUCACUUGAUGAACGGCGAACUACAGCUGGUGCUGCCUCGACCUCAUCCCAAACAAGUUCCUCAGAGCCUGAUUUCGAGUUAUUAGCCGCAUUACUUAAUAACCCGGGUCUUGUUUAUGCACUGACAUCUGGCAAGCCGGGUAAUUUAGCCGGCCAGGAUAUGGUAAAACUGCUUGAUGUGAUUAAGACUGGUGAACAAAACUCUAGCAGUAGCUCAAAUAACAAGGUUGAAGAAAGGGUCGAAGAUACUCUUCCAUCUCCCACUCCAACCAAUCCUGUAAUGAGUGUGUGGGGACAAGAAGCAGCUCGGAAUCCAUUUUCAAGGCAGAACCAAGUUGCUAGAUCGAGUACACAGCUUCCUGUUGCUUCAGUGCAAUGGCAAUCAACAAACGAAACCCCUCGACAUGCUCCAUCAGCUUAUAACUCACUCGCAUUGUCACAACAACAACAACCUAUGCAACCAAAACUUCAUUACAAUCAACAUCUUCAGCAGCAACAGCCAAUCCCAGCAACCUCGUAUGCGGUUAGGGAACCGGUAGGACAAAUGGUCACAGCUACUUCUGGUUCAUGGAGGUCUCAGCAGAAUCAGAACAGUUACUACUCACAUCAAGCAAACGAGGUUGCAUCGGCUUCACAAGCUUCUUCUUACCAAGGGAGUAACCAGUACGUGAAUGGCAAUCCAGGGUUUGAAUCAUGGAGUCCUGAUCAUAGCCCAAGUAGAAACCAUCCGAACAUGAGGGGACAACAGCAACAGCAACAUUCGAGGAAACCUGAUUCUUCAUCUCACCCUUAUUGGAACCAAAACAAAAGAUGGCGUUAA